CUCCUGGAUGUCAUCUCUGAAGAGGGAAAGGAAAAAUGACAUGGCACCCACUGUUUCAUGAUCACAGGGUGGCGGUUGAGGCAGAAUGAGGCAGACGAUCCCUAAGUGCAACUCGCUCUUGACAUUUGUUGUACGUUUUUUCCCAGGUGUGGGAGUUGGGAGAGGAUCCCUGAGCCCUCUUGGCUGUCGGCGGAGCGCGCUGUGAAGCCAAACAGCCCGAGCGGUAGAGACACAGACAGCAACAGCAGAUGAAGCAGCACGCACACAUUCACCCCCUCCCUCUUUCUCUCUCUCUCUCUCUCUCUCUCUUCCUCUUCCUCUUUCUCUCUCUCUCUCUCUCACAUAGACACGCUGGGAGGAGAGUGCUGAGCUGGGAACCUCGCGGCUGAUUUCUUGAUGCCCAGAAGAGAGACAGAGACAGAGACAGAUACACAUUGCUCCUGUGUGUUUGAGCGCAGAUGAGUGGGCACGUGUGGGGGUGUGAGUGUGUGAGUGUGUGAGUGAGUGAGUGAGUGAGUGAGUGAGUGAGUGAGUGUGUGAUUGAGUGAGCGCAGCUUGAAGAGGACUGUUGGUACACACACACAGCCUCAACGCAGCCAGGAAAGGAGGCGGCAGACGGUGAUUGGCAUGUCGCUCUCUGCUUCUGAUGCCAGGCACUGAGGGGAUCCUUUCACUCGUACACACAUACACACACUUACAGACACACAUACAGAAACACUUCCUCCCGUGUAUAGAAACGGUGGGACAACUUAUGGGCAGAGCGGAGACAGCAGGGAAGAACGGAAGCCUCACUCAUACACAACAACAACAACAACAACAACAACAACAACAACAUCAACAUCAACGCUGAGCUGAUGAAGGAGCAACAGCAACGCUUCAGCCCUGGGUCAGUGGUGCGGUGAUCCGCUCCGACUGAGUAGGCCCUGAGCAGCGUGUGCCAGGGAUGGUGGGCACAGCGAGGCUGGCCUGGUCUCCGGCGAUGGCGACAUCGCUGGCGGCGACCGUCCUUCCUCCGCUGCUGCUACUGCUGCUCCUAGCGGCCGCCCCCUCGUGCCAGGGAUGCCCACCGCGUUGCGAGUGCGCUGCCCAGCUGCGCUCCGUGUCAUGCCAGCGCCGGCGCCUGUCCGGCGUGCCCGAGGGCAUCCCGACGGAAACUCGGAUGCUGGACCUCAGCCGCAACCGCCUGCGCUGGGUGGCGCCAGGCGAGCUGGCACCCUACCCGCGGCUGGAGGAGCUGGACCUGAGCGAGAACCUGAUCACUACCCUGGAGCCCAACGCCUUCGCCAGCCUGCAGAACCUGCGCGUGCUGCGUCUGCGUGCCAACCAGCUCAAGCUGGUGCCCAUGGGCGCCUUCGCCAAGCUGGGCAACCUCACCACGCUGGACCUGAGCGAGAACAAGAUCGUCAUCCUGCUGGACUACACAUUCCAGGAUCUGCACAGCCUACGCAACCUGGAGGUGGGUGACAAUGACUUGGUCUACAUCUCCCAUAAGGCGUUCACUGGCCUCGUGGCAUUGGAGGACCUGACCAUCGCCCGGUGCAACCUGACGUCCAUCUCGGGCCAGACGCUCUCCUACCUGCGCAGCCUGGUGACCCUGCGCCUGCGUCACCUGAGCAUCACGGCCCUGGAGGACCAGAACUUCCGCAAGCUGUCGGCGCUGCGUGGCCUGGAGAUCGACAGCUGGCCCUACCUGGAGUACAUCUCGCCGCUCAGCUUCCAGGGUCUCAACCUGUCCUGGCUGUCCAUCACCAACACCAACAUCACCAGCGUGCCCUCGGCCUCCUUCCGCAACAUGGUCUACCUGACCGCACUCAACCUCUCCUACAACCCCAUCCAGACGCUGGAGCCCUGGGCCUUCCGUGAGCUCCUGCGGCUCAAGGAGCUGCACAUGGUCAGCACAGGCCUGCUGACGGUGGAGCCGCACGCGCUGGCCGGCCUGAGGCAGCUGCGGCUGCUCAACCUGUCGUCCAAUGAGCUGGUGACGCUGGAGGAGGGCGCCUUCCACUCGGUCAACAGCCUGGAGACGCUGCGCGUGGACGGCAACCCGCUGGCGUGCGACUGCCGCCUGCUGUGGAUCCUGCAGCGCCGGCGCACGCUCAACUUCGACGGCCACGCGCCGGUCUGCGCCGGCCCCUCCGAGGUGCGCGGCACGGUGCUGAGCAGCUUUGCCGACUCGGCGCUCUUCGACUACUUCACGUGCCAGAAGCCGCGCAUACGCAACCGCAAGCUGCAGCAGGUGACGGCGCGCGAGGGCCAGCCCGUGUCCUUCCUGUGCCACGCCCGAGGCGAGCGAGCAUCGCCAUCAUCUGGAUCUCGCGCCAUGGCCGCCUGCUCGCCCAGGUAGGCCCGGGCCAAAGGCGGAGGUGGCCGCGUCGUGGUGCUGCCCGGCGGCACGCUGGAGAUCCGCUACGCGCAGGUGACCGACAGCGGCACCUACAUCUGCAUCGCCAGCAACGCCGGCGGCAACGACACCUACUUUGCCACGCUGACCGUGACCGCGGGGCGGCAUGGGCAUAAGGCGGCCACCAGGCAUGCCGCCCUGGGCCAGGGCUUUGCCAACCGCUCGCUCUAUUACUCCAGCGAGCUCAACGACACCAACUUCAACGGCACGCGUGUCUUCCUCAAGUUCACGCUGGACCUCACCACCAUCCUGGUGUCCACUGCCAUGGGCUGCAUCACCUUCCUGGGCGUGGUGCUCUUCUGCUUCCUGCUGCUGUUCGUGUGGAGCCGCGGCCGCGGUCAACGGCGGAACAACUUCACCGUGGAGUACUCCUUCCGCAAGGGUGAUGGCGGAGCCACCAGUGGCGGACAGGGAGGGGCUCGCAAGUUCAACAUGAAGAUGAUAUGAAACAACGCAGCCAGGGGCCCUACGGGAGAUGCCUGAAGACACCCAACACACACACACACAGCGCUCAGAGAGAAAAAGAAAGAAAGAAAGAAAGAAAGAAAGAAGGAAAAAAAAGAUAGUGUUAAAAAAAACAAAGUAAAAUCUUUCUAUUCGAUCUUUCUUUCUUCUGUAGCAGAUUGGUAAUGGUUAGAUGACCUUGAUCUCACUGUCUCUUGGUUUGAUUUGUUCCCUCUCAGCUUGUGGUAUGAGUGCAGAUUUAACACAGCGAUAAAGCCACACUGUUUUUUUUUGUCCUCUCCAUAGCCUUCUGAGUGCUGCCUCGCCAUUCUUCAAGAUAAAGGCUUUAAUGAAAAACAAAGUGAAAGACAGGAACAUCUCAGUAAUCUUUCAAUCGCUGCCUCGUGGUGCUGUGAGGCAUUGGCAGCCUUGUUCCUCCUCAUCAUUUUUUUUUACCAUCAGAGGGGUACAAAAUAAAUACCCAAUUCUCUAGCAACAGAAUGUUCUGGUGGUGAUGAAAAGCUCAGGGUUUAGGACCAUAAUGAGAUAGAGGCACAGGGCUGCCAAUCAAGCACAGGGCUGCCAAUCAAACACAGCAACCACUCCCUGAUUUUCUGAAGAGAGAACUAGAGCUUGGAACCUGCAUGUAAAAUGGAAACUUUAGGCUUUAAAUACAUGCUUAUGUUUAAUAUUGAUAAGAUUUAAUCAAUCAAAUUUCAGUGAUUAAAUUGCAGUGUUCCUACUGACCCACUGAAUACUUUUCAUGAAUAGAAUAUUUCAGAAAUGACUUCCUCUUCAAGAUAUAUGCCACAGCUGAAUAAAGAGAAACAGAGAGAGAGAGAGACAGUUUUGAGACAAGGCCCAAAAAAUUGGGGACAGACAAGAGGGAAAAAAAUCUGAACAACAGGCAACUGAACCAUUCAGCACUCUGUUUGAUUCCAAAAAGAAAAUUGGGUCAUCCACCUGCGGUCAAGCGCUGCUGAAAAGCAAUCGAUUUGAGACAGGAAAAAGGGCGGGAAAAAAUGAAAGGCAAACGUUGAGUCACUCUAUUUGCCUGGAUGAGAUUGGCACACUCUGAGAAUGUGUAUGUGUGCCUCUCUCCCCCCCACCACCACCACUGCUGCUACUGAUACUGAGAGCUGUGUGAGUUGGGACAUGCACACUGGCCGCACGUGUUACAUAGAGACAGAGGGAGGUGGGGAGCAGCACGGGAGAGAGGCCUGGGUGGUGUGGUUAUGGAUGUUAAGCCUGACCCCUGACACCCCCCCCCUCCCAGCCCUCUCACUGUGCUGCCCAUUACCACCUCCCUCCCUCACAUGUUUAUGGGAUGCCCAGCAUAGUGGACGUUUAAAGGAGGAGGUUUGGGGAGUGGACGGGGAGAAGGUAAGUAAAUAUACUCACUCUCUCUCGUGACACACUCUCCUCCAGACCGCCUCCUCUGCUGCUGGGCUAGCCCUGACCACCAGCUAGCCUUCAUGGGGGGAGGCAGCAUGUUAGUCAGGGACUAAAUGUUCACACAAACACACACACGCACGCAGAUACACAUACCCAUAUAGACACACACACAAACACACACUUUGACUCCUGGCCACGUCGAGAAGGUGACCGGUCUAAGCCAUAAUGUAUGCUUUAGGAGGAACAGGAGCAGGACACAGAUAAAAGCUAUCACUUCAGGGACCAUUUAAUUGGGUCAGAACAUGGUGCUGUGUGCACACAGAGGGGCCCAACGUUCACACAGGAGUUUUUAAUGCUGCAUGCAGCCACUUUAGUUUGACCUAAACUUGACCUCCACUCCACAGUGCAUUUCAUAAACACGCCGCUCUGCUGAACACUGAAUGUUAAUGCAGCAAAGUCGCUCAUAUUAAGGGUUAUUAUUCCUGCCCAACUAAACAUGCAGUGGCUUAGUUCACACACACACACACACACACACACAUACACACACACACACACACACACACACACACACACACACACACACAUUCAAUUCAGCACCAACAGACAGGCACGUCUCACCCUACAUUACCACAUUGUCUCCAUGGCGGCCAGUGUGUGAAGAGAGUCUUUGCUUCUCCUGCCCAGUUCUUUCCCCCCCAGACUUCCCGUACCCUAUUUCCCCAACUGGGUCUCGUGACGAGGGAGGGUUCCCUGGCUGGUGACUUCGACUGUAAAUGACUAAAUUGUGAUGUGUCCACCCAUCCCAUUUGUGUAUUUGACUGUAAAAGGUAUCCUCCUUUUGUUGCUUUUAAAAAUACUUUUGUUGCUUUUAAAAAUACUUACCCUGUAAUCUACAUUUUUGCUUAGUUUAGACUAUUAUUUUACCUCUUUUUUUCUUUGAGUGCUUUUAUUGUGUUUACUUUGUUGAUAUGUCACAUCAACUUGGCAGAAAUAAAAACAUAAAUAAUCAAAUGAAGCAACCCUCAGCUCCCAACAACUAGACACUGUAGCCAGAGAGGCCUACUGUGGAGCAUGGGAUGGAGAGAAAACCAAAAGAGACAGACAAGGAGAGAGAAAGGGAGGAGAGAGAGAGGAGGAGGACGAGGAGGAGGACGAGGAAGAGGUGAGGGAGAGAGAGAGGGGGUGGCAGAGGUUAUGUAACUGGGCUGUGAGAGAGGCCCCCACAGUGUCCCCCUGUGCUGAGAUCUGAAGAAAAAGGCCAAAUUACUCAUGACUCUGCUGCCCUCGCUGUUCACUCAACAGAAUAUGCAGCAGAAAGCAACCUACAUUCAGACCCAAUGACAGUAAUUGUGGCAUUCACACUGAUAAUUGGGCUAAGUUGAUUUAACACCCAGUGUUUGGCAGCCAGCGUCAUGUGUUGUUGAGAGUGGAUGGGGGUUGCGUGCCAGCAUCCUAACACAGAUGAUUAACGAUGCGGAGCAUUUGCCACCUGUUGUCCUAAUGAAUGUGUCUCAGGGCCUCAGCAUCACCAACCAUGCUGUGUUGGCUCUGUCUGUACCAUCAUAUUUCACUGGACUAGGUCAACCCAAAGUCAAAUAUUGAUAUUUGUUGUAACCUCCAAGAGCUAAUAUGUAUGCUCUCCCUCCUAGGUGACCCCCUUUUUGUGUUUUUUUUCAGUGACAUCAUCCACAGUGAACGGGGUGGAGUGUGGUAGUGGUAGUGCUGUAGGUAUCGUCCUUUGUGGCCUGUGAUUCGAUGUCUCGCUGUUCUCUCGAUUUUUUAAUGUUACGUUGGCGCUUCACCGUGCAGUCAGCUACAUAGUAUAGGUGUGGUGGAAGGUAGAGAUAGGUAGAUAGAUAGAGACUCAACCAGGUGUUCAUCCAACACCCCCUCUGUCCACCCACCCAUACCCCCAUACACACACACACACCAUUCAGUCUGUCCCCAAUAACUGCUUAUCUACAGACCCAAUCCUUGUCGUCGUCAUACACAGAUCCUCUGAGACUAUGUGCCUCUAGCUAUUGUUACAUAACAGAAUGCUACAGACUGUCAAAUCGCAGCAACAGUCAAUUAUGAAAUGUAGACUGUGUACGCUGUACUAUGGGACUAAGUUGCCAGAAAUGCAUCUACUGCCAUUGAUUUGAAAUGAAACAUUUUUGUCUGCCAAAGCUUACAGUUGUAAUAUAUGGAGCGGCUUUACUGGAUGAUAAUGGUGUUCUGGGAAAUUAAAUAUAAAAACAUGGCUGUGUUAGCAUUACAGAAUUCACAAUUAAUUCAGCUCAGUAGGGGAAACCCCUUUAGGAGUGCCACAUAGUUCAGUUGAAGCAAUAACCCCUUCCCCCCCAACACACAAACACACACACACACACACACACAUACACACACACACACACACACACACACACACACACACACACACACACACACACACACACACUUUCUUUCGUCUCCUUCCCUGCUCGCUGUAACCCCCACGCCCCCUCCAAACCGACAUCUCUCUAGACGAGCUCUCAGAGCUCUCACACUGUUUGAUCUAAUCACCUCCACUGACGGCUCACACUCCUCGCCUGAGGCGUGUGUGUGUGUGUGUGUGUGUGUGUGUGUGUGUGUGUGUGUGUGUGUGUGUGUGUGUGUGUGCGUGCAUGUUUGACAGGCACAAAUCUCCUCUUGACCUCCACUUCACCUGCCCAGCUUCUGCCUGCUUCCCCCUUCAACUCUUCUCCCCUUCAAAGUCAGCAGACGCAUGGACACACAGUAUCACUUAGCUCACACACUCCUAAAUGCGCUCGGACGUGCACACACACACUCCCAUACCCAUGCAUGCGCACACACACACACACACACACACACACACACACACACAGACACACACAAAUGCAUCCACUUGAACACGGGCCCUUGAACACUCACACAUGCACAGUUGCGGACACACACACACACACACACACACACACACACACACACACACACACACACACACACACACACAUGGACACACACAUGCACACACACACACGGACACCCACACAGACACACACACACACACACACACACACACACACACACACACACACAUGGACACACAGUCGCACACACCCGCAGUGAAGGAUUCCCUUUAGAAACUGUCAAUGAGCCUGCGAAGCGAGGCAGUUUGUUAAGAGGCUCUCACCGGCAGUGCAGGCAGUAGCACAAGACUCUUCUUCAUCUGGAGAAAGUAGGCUGAGAGCUCUCCCUGGCCUCCUCAUCAACUCAGAGCACACACACACACACACACACACACACACACACAAAGGCCUAACGCCUCACUUAAAUAAUCACACACACAUCUUCAAUUCCUGCUCUUCUAUAGUCAAGGUCCACAUCGUCAAUCUCAUUUGCAUCAUUAUCUAACUUUUAAUCUCUAUUGACUCUAUGACUUUUGAGGCGAACAACACAUACAUUUGCUCAGAUAAGCCUAUCUAUUCAUCCAAGCAGGGGUGCUGCUAGAAAAUUUGGGCCCUUUGACAGACAAUAAUUCAGCCCCCCCAUAUAUAGUAUUAUCGGGGGUGCUCUCAGGGGGCCCCCCGUCAGUGCUGGGCCCCUAGAAUCAUCUAGGGGCCCAGCUUUCCCUCCCCUAGCUACGCCCCUGCAGCCGAGCACGUAAAGUUUUGUUCUCCUUACAUACCAUGUUCUUAGACUUAAUGCCACCGGUGUCAAGAACUAUUUCUGACCCAAAGUUAACGGGCCGUGUGUGGCUCUGGUCAUUUGUCUGCUCUGUCAGUAGGGAGACAAGAACAAACCGCCUCCUGUUUCCAGGGUGAUUCUGAAACAUUUGCCUUGAGCACCGAAUUUUAAACCACUCGGUCGACAGGUGAGGUCAUUUUAAUCAAAGCCAUAUUUCCCGAGUACAUCCCUCUGCACUUGUACCUUUUGCUACUGUGAACUCCAAAUUUAACCUCAAUUACCCGUAUUCCAUCAUGGGUGGAGCACAGCCCUUCCCUCCUUUUGUGCCUCCUCUUGGAGACGAGGAGGUGGAGAAUGUGGUCAAGGCGGCCACAAGCGCUCCGCCACCCUAAUAAUUCCUUAAGCUAACACUGCCCCCUUGUGGUGAACAUGAUCAGUAGGAUGACAGUGACUAACAGUAGAGUUACUAACUGUAGAGAAUGCAACUUUGUCUCAGUACUUUUUUCUUCUCAUUUGUGUGCAGGUAUACAGAUUUUUAGCAUCAACAUUUCUUUUUAAAGCCUACUGUUGGACUAUGUGUUUCAGAUGUGGAUAGUGUCAAUAGUUCCUCGGUUGGGACAUGUAUUAGAACUUUCUGAGACUCAAAGUCGGUAUGCCCAGAGGGUAGACCUGUGUCAUUCAAAAGGAAUGAUUUGUCCUUGAUGUGAAAUGAAUUGACCAGAAAUCUGUUCUGAGUUGAUGGUUAUCAACAGCUGUAUCAAUAAGCUAAAUUGCUUUCAUUAUGAACUGCAACUUCUCAUGUUGGUAUUUCUAAAAGUUAUACAGAAAAAAGAAAAAGAAAAAAGAACAUUUGAAAUCCGGGAAUGCUAUACUCUUCAUGAUGAUUCCUUUCUAGUAAAUUAGAUCUGAUCUAUGCAUGCUGAAGUCCUUUCUCUUGUCUCUCUCCCACACACACAUACACACACACACACACACACACACACACACACACACACACACACACACACACACACACACACACCUAUACUUGUGAGAAUUUCAUUGGAUGUGUGUGAGGCUGCUCAUGGGACUGGCUGGACAUACCCACAUACACACACACACACACACACACACACACACACACACACACACACACACACACACAGAUACACAUAUGGGUUUUGUCAUUCAAUAUACCAACCAAGAACCAUGGACCAUUCCCACUAGGCUAGAACUAGUUCCUGUGAAGAGACUUUGUUCCAGUGACCAAACACCCGGUCAAUGACAUGCUGAGUUUUCUAAAGAAAUAGAUUUUAUACGUUGUAAAGAAAUCCUCUGUCUUCCUGGGACCAUGUGUGUUAUGGGAUGUCCCUCUAUUCAUAGUUCAGAGGAUAUAUAUUUCACUUUAUUUUGUAUAUACUGUAGGUAUGUGUGAUUGGCGGUGUUACUGGGGGUGUUAUAGGGGAGUGUUACUAUGGGAUGUCACUCUCAAGGCCUUUAUAGGAAUUUGUCACUGACCUGUGCUGUGUGUCUUGAAAGCAUUGUCAACCAAACACAAUGGUUACUAUGGAGAGAGAAACAGUGUGUUCAAAAUAGUCUCUCUAUCAUAGAUAUGAUAUAGACAUGUAUAUAAAUGAAAGAGACUUGACUUGACUUGACUAUCAAUCAACCAGAGCUGUAUAGAUAUAAAUCUAUUUAUACCACUCUGCAUUCAACAACCUGUUUUAUGAUGCUCUCAGGAUGCACAGCCCUGGCCAGUACCCAUGCCUAGGACUAGAUACCCCUUCCUGUUAUUAUUAAUAUUAAUUAAUUAUUAUUAUACUCAGAUAAUGAAUCAAUACAAACAAUUAGUGAUACGACAAUGAAUGGACCUAUAGGCAAAUUUGUACGCCUUGUGUUGAAUGGUCUCCGGUCCUUAUGGUUCCAGGUCAGUGACACUCUCUUUGUUUCCUGGAGUCCCACCAAGUAUCUUAACAAUGACCUGGUUAGGGGAACACAUUCACCUGAGCAAGCAAAUAAAACAAAUGCCAUAAAAACUCAUGCUUUAAUACAUAAUGACGCCAAGGAUGGUCAUUUGGACAAACGAGUCCUCAAGCUUUCUGCAGGGGUGUGUGCGGUAUGACUAGGUUGUACCGUAGCAGCUUUGCAGCUUCUGAUGCAUUGGAAGUGCCAAGUGUGCCCUGGCCACAGGCUUAGAGUAGGGUGGGGUGUGCUGGAAGUGUUUACACUAGGGCACAUGUUCAGCCCACACCUCCCUCUCUAGUCUUCAGAGACCUUGCUGAAGUACGAGCGAACGUGGUGGAGAACUGCACAAAACCCACACGGCUCAAGGACACCACAAGGUCAGAGUCAAUGCAGUUGUUACGUUUCACAAAUCAAUUUGGUCAUUUGACCUAAUCCCUUAAUGAAUCCAUGCGACCUAGGCGUGGGUGCGAUGACCCAUGGCUACACGGCUACUUUGCUGUUCCAGUGUCACUAAUGCCCUUGGGAAUGGUUCUUUAAACACCAGCCAGGAGCUUUAUGUAAGUGGAAAAUGUGCUUUGACUUUGUACAGUGAUUCUCAUACAGGUAAACAGUAGCUACAGAGGAAAGGGGGGCUGGGGGGAACUUGCAUUCCAUACUCUCAGUGUGUAUCCAUGAGAGUGUCCCCACACACUGUCUCUGAAGAUCCGAGCUGUCUUGUGCUCCUAAUUCUGAGGGAGCGCUGCCUCUGUGAGCGGAUCUUUAUAGAUGAGGUGGGGGAAUGGGGUGUGCAUGACAUUCAGAAGGAUACAUUGUGGAAGAGGGCUUGCAUACACACAACUAAUGACCAGAGCCGUUGUCUAAAAGUGUCCACACACAUCCUCCCAAUGUUGGUAGUAUUUCAUCCAGUUCCAUGACAGCAGCUCAGUCUUGUCUAGAAUGAUGACAAAUAUAAAAAAUAAAAUAAUUCUUGUUUAUAGAAAAAAGAGAAAUGUCUUGUGUUUUUUAAUUGUAUGUUUGUUUUAUACUGUUUUGUCCUGUAAGCAGAAAAAAAUCAUAAAAGCAUGUUGUUACACUGUC